UCUAUAGAGUCACAGAUUCAAGUUUGGAAUCGCAGUAUUGAAAGUGAUUUUCAAGAUGAUCAAGACCACGGCAAUUUUAUUAGCUCUUGCGCUCUGCGCUACUGCCUCGUUCCAGAGAGGAUCUAGCGGUAGGCAACAAGUAGGCAGAGGGUCACAAGGUGGACGAGGAGAAGGACUCGGUACUUGGCAGCAGAUAGUAUCUAGUGGACUGGGACAAUCUGUAAUUUGGCGGCAAGGAGGAAUUGGCGGAGUGCAGGCAGGAAUUGGUGAACAAGGAGGAUUCGGUGGUUCACAGCAGAGAGGAUUUGGAGGACUGGAAGAAUCCCGUUGGCAGCAAGGAGGAAUCGCUGGAGUCCAGGCAGGAGUUGGUGAACAAGGAGGAUUUGGUGGUUCGCAGCAGAGAGGAUUUGGAGGACUGGGAGAAUCCCGUUGGCAGCAAGGAGGAAUCGCUGGAGUCCAGGCAGGAGUUGGUGAACAAAGAGGAUUUGGUGGUUCGCAGCAGAGAGGAUUUGGCGGACUGGGAGAAUCUCGUUGGCAACAAGGAGGGAUCGGCGGUGUGCAGGCAGGAAUUGGUGGAAAACUAAGAGGAUAUGGUGGUCAAAGAGAAUCUCGUUUGCAACAAGGAGCAAUCGGUGGAGCGCAAGCAGGAAUUAGUGAACAAGUUGUAGGAUUCGGUGGAAGGCAAGGAGCUUUCGGUGGAAAACAAGCAGAGCUUGGUGGGCAGCAAAUUAGACUCGGUGGACAACAAGCAGCUUUCGGUGGACAGCAAGGAGGAUUCGGUGGAAGACUAGGAGGAUAUGGUGGACAAGGAGAAUCUCGUUGGCGACAAGGAGCUAUCGGUGGAGCGCAAGCGGGAAUCACUGAACAGGUUGUAGGAUUUGGUGGAAGGCAAGAAGCGUUCGGUGGAAAACUUGGAGGACUUGAUGGGCAGCAAAUCAGACUCGGUGGACAAGAAGUAGCACUUCGUGGACCGAUAGGAUUCGGUGGACAGCAAGGAGGAUUUGGAGGACAGCAAAAAGGAUUUGGUGGACAAGGAGAAUCUGGUUUCGAACAAGGAGCAAUCAGGCCAAUCCAAGAGGCAAACACUGAACAAGUUGUAGGAUUUGGUAAUCAGCAAGGAGCAUUUGCAGGAAAGCAAGGAGGAUUCGGCGGACAGGAUGUAGCAUUUGGUGGAUUGCAAGGAUUCGGUGGACAGCAAGGAGCAUUUGGUGGAAAUCAAGAAGGAUUCAGUGCCCAGCAAAUUGGUCUCGGUAGACUAGAGGCAGUCGGUGAACAGACAGGAUUGGAUUGUCAGCAAGGAGGAUUUGGUGAACAGCAAGGAGGAUUUGGUGAACAGCAAGGAGGAUUCACCAGAGAGAAUGGCGGAUAUGUAUACUAG